AUGGCUUUGAACAAGCCUGUUGGAAGUCAGUCAUCCUGGCUUAACAUUGUCAACAAACUCGACAAUGUCCCGCACGCCAACCAAGAAAACCUGGAAACGGUCACUGAAUUCUUCAGUUCUUACUGGACCUUUUCCAUACAAGAGGGCACUGAGGACUCGCAGAUCCCUGUGGGCUACAUUGCAGAUUGGCUGGUUCAAAUGAUCCACUGGAACCGUCAUCCCCGGUUCACUAUCCACCGGGGAAGCCAAUCCAUCUUUCUUGACGCCAAGCACGGCACGGCUCAGCCCCAAGGUGCUGACUCUGAUGGAAGCAAGUCCCUACACGCUUUGAUCAUGGAGCUGCUUGACGACGGAGAUGUCCCGGGAUUCCGCCAGUUGCACCACAAAGGCGACUUCUGCCAGAUCCCAGGCCCGCAUACUCGAAUCGAGAUCGACCGCAACGCCGCCCAGCUCUUUGGGCUUCUGACUAGGGGGGCCCACAUGACAUGCCAUACAUGGGAGACAUCUGAGAAGGGCCGCCAGAUGAAGCUCUGGGUCCCACGCCGAGCAUUCAACAAGAAAUAUGAUGCUGGAAAGCUCGACAAUACUGUUGCUGGUGGCAUAGCCAACGGAGACACUCCACUGCAGACCAUACUGGCUGAGGCUGAGGAGGAGGCAGCUCUGAGCCGGGCAUUUGUGUCUGAGAACAUCGUGGCAACGGACACCCUGAGUUAUUUCAACCACUGUUCCGCAGCCGAGGGAGAUCACAUGAGGCCGCGAGUCCUGUACACUUUUGAGCUGGAGCUGCCACAUGACAUUCUGCCUAGACCGCAUGACGGAGAGGUCAGCGAGUUUCUCCGAAUGGACGCGCAUGAGAUGAAGGAUGCGGUCAUGGCCGGAGAAAUGGCGGACGAUGCAGCGAUUGUAUGGCUGGGCUUCCUCGUCCGGCACGGCAUUGUGGAUGAGCAGAACGAGCCUGACCUGCUCCAAAUCACCGACCGGGUGCACCGCCACUUACCGUUCCCAGUUGGCAAGGCAUGA